AUGGACAGCUUCAAUGAUAGGAGCAUUCUGCGGAACUAUAAGAAAAGCGUCCAAGACUUAAAAAGAGUCAAAACUUCAGCACGAACUGAAAACUACCAAAAAAUGAGCCCUGCUAAUGGGGAAGGCAAAAACGAUGCAAAGUAUACAAUAUCACAGGAUCAAAGUGAAAUUUUUUCAAAUAGCAAUCACUCUGAUGCGAAUUUAUUCUCGGAUAAUAAACCCUUCUUAUGUGAUUCGAAAACGUACUACAGUAAGCACAGCAGCCAUAGCAACUACAGCAGCCAUAGUAACUACAGCAUCCAUGACAACCACUUCAAACGAGUAACAUAUAUGGAAAGGCAGAAAAUAACCAAAGACAAACACGAGAGUAACAUUUCCAGCGUAAAUAAAGCUCACCUAAAUGUGAAAAACAAAUUUGUAAGGAAUAACAGUGCAGCGAAGUAUGGAAUAAAUCUAAACAAAUCCCUCGACAAAAUUAGCAAAAUAAGAAUUAUGCAAAAGUUUAGAAGAAACAUUCACAGCCACAACAAUGAAAGGGAUAAACACCGAAUCGGCACCUUCGAACACAAUAACCUUUUCGACAAACAUACUGCACGCGACAGCACUAAAAAUACUACUAAUAGUAACAACAACAUGAAGUUCAAAGAUUUUUAUCACAAUAGAUUAGACAGCGCAAGUACAUGCGAUAGGGAAAUGGGGACAAAUAACAAAAACGUUAACCACUACAAAAACAACUCCUUUCAUGAUAACCCCCAAAAUUCAAUUAAAAAAAAUCUAAAUGAAGUGGCGAAACAGAAUGGAAAAAACAUCAAUUCGAAUUUCCCCCCAAGUAAUCAAAUUAAAAGUAAACCAACUGUCAUUCCCAGUAGUAUCAUUUCGCUGAACACAAAACACAUGACCAUAUUUAACGAUAAAACAAAAUUUCCACUUUACUUCCACCCUAUGAACCAUUCUGAAAAAUUAAAAAAUGUAAGCACCCCUCAUAUGAAUAACAACUCCUAUUGUAACAAUGGCAAUUAUGCCAACAUUAAAAUGGGAAGCAAUCCCCCUGACGGUAAUGCUUUCCAAAAAAGUAACUUCCUCCAAAAAAGCGACCUCACCUUUAGCGUGAAUAAACGGAUGGAACACUUCAACCUUUCACAUUAUUUAAGUAAUCACAUACAGGGGGAAAAAAGCGUUAACCCAAAACACAACAUAGCUGAGGACUCAAAAAGGAAAGAUGAACUAAUUCAUAAUAAAAGUGCCAACUGGAACGAUUCAGUUGUCCAAUUCAUGAAUGAGUAUAUGGAAAAAAAACAGUAUCUUCAAAAUUUACAAAAAUUUAAUGACGGCCUGAAGAAUAUUCCUGUCGGAAAGACAAACCCACUCAUUAGCAAUUUCAACUUGAGACACUCAUUUGAUAUGAGCAGAAACAGCAAUGUGGUUAAAAAUAAUAAAUCCAUAAAAAAUAAUUAUUUUAAAAAAAUUGUAGAGGGAGAAAACACGAAAUCAAAGCUAUACGAAAAUUACGUAGACUUUGAAAAGGAAUUCAGGGAUAAAACGAAGGUGCCAAAUUUUUUGAAAAAAACGAAUGAACAAACUGCAGUUUUAUUUCCUCAAAAUAAUUAUGAUGAAAAACUUCAUCCACAUUUUCCUUUUAGCAAAAAUAAUAGCAGUGCAAAACGCACACUUAGCAAUGUGGGUGAAAAAAGGAGUGUUGUGAAAAGUGAACCACUAAAAACAAGUGACAACGCUUGCAAAAAACAAGAAACUAAAAAAGUCAAUGCACACAUAAUUAAUAUUCCUCUAAAUUUUAAAUUAAAAAAAAAAAAAAUUAUAAAUUGUAAAAAUAUUAGUCAAGAUACAUCAGGUAAAAAAGAACAUAAUUACACAAGCGCGUUGUUAACUGACCGUUAUAGAAAUUUUUUAAAUAGGGAAAAAGAACAAAAACAACAAAAUUUAAAUUUUAACGAUAAAGCAGAAAUUUUCAGUAGAGGCGAAUUUCUCGGUUCCUUUUUAAAAAAAGAUUUGCAAGAUGAACAAUGUAUGCAUGUUGAAAAAUUAUUUAAUUCAGAUAUGGACGACACGAUGAGCAACCAAGGGAGAGAACAAGCUAAACAGAAAAGGGAGGAUAAAACGCGCGGAAAAAGGGAUAAUGCUGAUCAUGAUGCAGAUAGUGCUAACACACAACUUGGCCAAAAUAUCGCCCACAUGGAGAAGCAAAGGGAAGAUAAUUCCACACCCGAUUUGAGUACACACACAGGAGCUUGCGGCCAUGGGAUUUAUGUGCAAGAACAACUGCACGAACAACAGCGUAAACUAAUAUCAGGAUUAAAAGAGAAAAAUGGGGAUCAUGAAAAUGAAGCACAAAAAUUAUCCCCAGCAGCAUCAGAAUUGACUCAAAAUUUUAGCAAAAAUGGAAAUGACAGCGAAGAUGGCAAAAAGGGAAAUAUAGAAAUGGCUAAAUUUUCCGCUAGAAAUAUUCUGGAAACACAAAAUUUGGAUGAACAAAAUGGCAGGCGCGAGAUAGAACAACAGGUCCUUAAUCCAUCCAUUUUUGAGAAGGAAAAAAAGGAAGAAGAAUGCCUCGACAGAAAAAAUGAAACAUGCAAUGGCAGUGAUAAAGAAGAAGAAAAAAAAGAAGAUCUCGACCUACCUAUUAAUUGGGAAAUUUUUAACAACAUAUAUAGCAGCAACACAGAUAAUGAGGCCGCUUUAAAAAGUUGUGCAAGAAGGGACGACCAGGAAUCACACUCACUAGGCAGACCAAGCAAUAUUCAGAAUGAUGGCACGUCUGACACUACAAUAAGUAAAUUUUUGAAAGAGGAAAAUAUGGACGAAGAAGAUGCAUACGAAUAUGAACCGGGGGCAAGCAAACAAGAUGUCGAAAUGGGCGUUGAAAAAGGAUACUAUUCUGCACAAAGCUACCACAACAAUGGGGAGAACAAAUAUGCGAGCAUCCAGAGCGGUACCAUUGAUGAAGACAAAAAAAGGAGAAACGUAGAUCCACAACACGAGGGACAAAUCACCACAAAGAAGGAAGAAGUAAAAGAAGAAAAAAAACAAAAAGAGGAAAGCGUACAAGGGGAAUGCUUCAAAAACGUCUCUGAAGACAAAGAUAGCACCCCAGAAGAUGAAGACGCAAAGAGCGAAAUGAGCAAAAAGGACCAAAAAAGGACCAUUAACGAUGAUAUUACGAAGGGUGAGACUGACAAAUCGAACUCCUUAACUAGCCACAGCGAUGUCGAAGAUUUCAAUGGCCCCACAGAAGAUGACUCAAAAGAAGAAGUAAGUGCUACCAAUUUUAAGCAGCAAAAUGGCAGAAAUAGAAGUUCCUUUUUAAAUGACAAAAUUGAAGAAGAGGAGGAAGAAUUAACGCUGGAAAGUAUUCGCGCCCUAUUCGAAACAGAAUGUACAGAAGAAGCAGCAAAUGAAGAAAAGGAAAAAAAGGAACCAACACAAAAUGGUUACAUCAUGCAGGAUGAAACGGAUAUAAGAAGAACCAAUAAUAACGAUUACGUGCAUGUUCAGGAUGAAGAAAAACUAAAGCGUUACGAAACUGAGCAGAAAAAAUCUCCGAAUAGGCAUGAAAACAGAGAAGACGAAGUUUUGACGUAUAAACAGGUAACCCAAAUGGAACCAAAGGGUGAUGGCGAAGAACCAAAAGGGAUAGAAAUGGAAAAAGAAAAUAUGCACAAUGGGGACAACACCGAAGAGUGUAAACAGAAAAAGGAUUCAAAUAAAUGCGAAAAAGGUGAACAUGCUGAAAGCGGAUAUAAUGCAUGCAUAGAUGAAACUUUAAAUGAAGAGAUUCUUUAUGGAAAUGAGACAAAUGGAGAACAGAAUAAAAAUGAAAAAAACAGCGAAAUGGAUUAUGAAAAGUGCAAAGAAAGUAAUAGAGACCUAUCUGAAAUGGACAUUUCAAUCGGCCGUAUCACCCCCCAAAAUGAUGAUGAAAGCAACAGCGACCAACGUGUAAGUAAAAAUGAUGACAUAAGAGAAAGUACAACUCCUAAAGGCACAGACACUCCGGGGGGGAAUAAGCGCGUAACCCCAAACUAUGACGCUCUUGUUAAAGCUGAAUUCAAUGAAAAGGACAUAUAUUCCCCUACUCAAAUGCUGAAUGAUGACAAUGUUAACAAGGAAAUUGAACAUAUAGAUUCGAACAAAGUGACAAGCAAUGAAACAAUAACAGGCUUUAAUCCUCUCCUCAUAGAAAUAAAAAAACAUGCGUUAUUUAAGCAAUUACAUAUCAAAGAAAAUCGACUACGUUACAUUAACUUCUUGUAUAACUCAUUCGACUACGAUACGGGAACAGUUAGCAAGGAAAGAGAAAAUGGACCACAAAAUGGGCCAUUAAAUGGACCACAAAAUGGGCCACUAAAUGGACCACAAAAUGAGCAACAAAAUGGAACACUAAAUGGACCACAAAAUGUGCGACAAAAUGAGCCACGAAAUGAAGUAAAGAACGAAAUUAGCGCUUGCAGCAGUAACGGCACUAAAAAGGACAGAACAAAAAGUUACGCGCAUAGAACGCACUUUGAAGAAAAGGUCAGGCGAAUUUUUAAUUCAGCACAAGACCAAAAUGAAGCAGUUCACCAGAGCAGUAGUAACAUACAAAGCACAAGAAAUGCCACUAAUGAGCCAUUAAAUGAAAAAAUAGAUAGCCAAAUUGAAGGCAAUAAAUCUAGUGACUCUAACAUGAUAUGCGAAAAGGAACAGGGCAGUGCAACUCUCCAGAACGAACCAAUUCAACCAAACACACAAACUGAAAUGGUGAAGGAAAAAGAUAUUGAAACGGAAGAUAAACAUUCUGCAGUCUUCGAUGAAAAGAAUAAGAACCACCACAUUGACCACCACAUUGACCACAGCAUUAACCAGAGCACUGACGACACCGAUGACGACUCUGAUGAGAACGCAGAAGAUAAAAAUAUUUUGUACGAAGACAUUAAAAGAAACCUAUGGCUGCAAAAUACGAAUCUUUCUGAAAAUAGAGUACAAUACAUCCAAGUCGAAUCGGUGAAAUGCAUCAUGUUGUUUUGCUAUCUGCACAAAAUUAAGUAUUUCCAAGGCAUGCACGAUAUGAUCAUAUGUCUCUUUUAUUUAAACCUUCAACCCUACGAAAUUCUCUGCGUCUUUGAAAAGAUACUACAUUAUUAUGCCCCCUAUUUGUACCUACAAAAUAGUUGCAUGUAUAGCUCUCCACGAAUUAAUGCAAGCACACAGGCGGACACGAUUAGCUGCGCCAUAUCAAACAUAACUAUGCAAAUAUGUAACACUAAUGGGAAAUUUUUUCGUCUUCUAUUUCAAUAUUUUUUCCCGUAUGUUAGUUAUUACGUCGAUACGGCAGUCAGCGACACAUGGCCAUCUUUAUUUUUCCUGAACCUUAUCUUCAGCAAAUUCGACAAUGUGUUCUGUUUGCUAUAUUUAUGGGUACGAUUAAUACAAAUGAAAAAUCAAAAGAGUGAAGUUACUUGUGAUUUUAUUCUUUUCAUAUUAUCCUUCUGCAUGCACAAAUUGAGGCUGGUCAAAAGCGAAUUUUACGAAAAAAGAGGUUUAACGAGUAUGUUUACGAAUUCCACAUCUGUACUGUCAAGCGAGGGCAAAAAUAGGGAUGAAAAAUCUACACAAGGACAAACCGAAAAAUGCAGUCAUAAAGUAAUAAAACAAGUACACGGGGAUGAAAGCAAUUGUAAAAAGGAUGAACACAAGGGAGACGACGAAAGGCAGGCAACACAUGAGGAAUGCGCCAAACAGGCAGACAACCAAACUGAUAAUAAAAUUCCCCAUCCGAUACAGACAAAGAGGAAAUAUACUCAAAAAGGUGAAGAAAAAGUAAAAGCAAAAGAAAUUAUUCGAAAAAUAAAAUUAUCCACGUACAGCUCAGAAAUGUUUUCUCUAUUUUUUGAAUUCAGUUCAUCUUUUGAUGACCAUUUUGGGGAUAAAUACAAAAUGCACAUAGACUGUAUAAUAAAUGAUAUCCCCAAAAUUAGAGACAUUAUUCCUUUGAGCUUUUUACACUUCCUUACGAAAUAUAAUUCUGCAUAUCAGAAGAAGAACAAGAAAAACAAGAACAGCAACAGCGUGAAAAACCUCUACGGGUACACAAAAAACCAAAAAGUAUCGAACAGCUUUACACACACCCCGGAUGAACAUUUGUGCCUACAUAUAAAACUGUCAGAUUUGUUUUUUAUUCAUAACAAUGUAGAGGGAUAUGAUUUUAUUUUCCUGCGAUUAGUAAAGUGCCAAAUAAUUUUGAGCAAGUUGAUAUUAAUUAAUCCUGGUAACUUGGUCAUAGAAAAUUUUGCGCGUUUUAAAAAUGUAGACGAAUUUGUAAAGCAUAAGAAAAAACUACAUAUACCCACCAUGUACAGAAGAACAAUGUACAUCGUUCUCCUAUGUUCCCGAGAAAAUAAUGCGAAAUUGAAAGAUUGGCACAUGAACUCGAACGAUAGGUAUAUGCAUAAAGACAAGACAAACACGGCAAGUAACGGAAAAAGUGAAUCCCAAAACGUAUAUUCCAACAGAGUUUUUUUCAAAAGAAACAACAACAAAAAAUACAUGUGCUUCGAACAUGAUUGUGAAUUCCCCGUAGAUAAUACCUACCUCAAAAACCUCAUAACAACAUUGGUAAAAAACAAUUUUAAGCGUUUAACCAUACUCAAAGUACAUCCAAAGGUGGUCAAAAUAAAGAAUAAGAAAAAAAUAACAGAAAAGGGCACAGCAGAUCGUAACGAACCCGUAAAAGAAAAUAGCUUUUUCUUUCAUAUGUUCAACAUAGUGAAAAAGAAGAUAUACCAAAAUAUUACAAAAGAUACUGAGCCGAAUAAGAACACUCCUCUCCAAAGCAAUCAACCACAAAAUAACAAUACAAAAUUUGCCUUAAAGGAAAAUAAUUUUAAAAUGUUCAACGACAGGAGGAUAAGAAAAAGAGUAAACUAUAGCAACAGAAAACCAGUUUUGUAUUCAAAAAAUGUUAUGCAGAAAAACAAAUAUGAAAACCCCCCAAAAAAAUUAAAUAAUGACAUCCCAAAUGGUUCAUCAGACAAAAUGCAAAAUAAGGUAGACAAAAAAAUUCAGAUGUUCCUCUUAAAAUUUCGUAAACGUAAUGAAUCAAAGAGACUAGUACAUGGUUUUAGGACGAUUGGAAAGAGAAUGAAUUUAACUUUCGGAUUAUUUCCUAAGCCCUAUGUCGACCCCGUUAACAAUCGAUCAAAUGUGAGGGAGGGCUGUGUGCAUAGAAGACUCCCAAAACAGAGACAGAAGAAAAGCAUUUUCCGCAUUUUAAAAAAAACAGAAAUAAAUUUAGAGAAAAACAAACCACACAGCAAUAGAACCUCGUUGAACAACAAAACAGACGCAUAA